AUGUCUCAUCAUUGGUUAUUGUUAUCCAUAUUUCUAACAAUUUUCUUAUCACAAAUAUCAAAUCUUCAUUCGAUUUCCAUUGAUUCCGGCAAAAGUACUCAUAUGAUCGAUGAAAACAAUGGUACUCAACGUGCAAAAGAUGCUUUAAUUCGCUUAAUUGAAAAUAUUCCUGGUGAAUCAAAUCCACACAAACAAAAACUUUUAUUGAAUGAAUUACGUGAAUAUCUCAAUCGUAUGUGUACUGUUGGUUAUUUUGGAUCAUUACAUGCUCAAGCAUGUCAACGUAUCCUUAAUGUUAUUCAUGAACAUGAUACGAACGAAGAAAAUAAUGAUACAACUACUAAUGAUCAGACACGCACUGAAGACCAUGGCAUACAAAAACGUUUCUUUUGUAAUGGUUUUAUUGGCUGUAGAAAUAAUGCCGGUCGAUAA